UACAUAUUCCGCGCCUUUCUUACUCAAUACUCCAUUCUCACUCACUCACUCACUCUUUCUUUUGCUUCACUUUCACUCCCAAAACUCCCAUGGAUAAUUCCAGGAAAUCCCCACUCAAGCCAUGGAAGAAAGGCCCCACUAGAGGCAAAGGUGGCCCUCUUAAUGCCUCUUGCCAGUACAGAGGUGUUAGGCAAAGAACUUGGGGCAAAUGGGUUGCAGAGAUCAGAGAGCCGAAGAAAAGAACUCGACUCUGGUUGGGUUCUUUUGCUACUGCUGAAGAAGCUGCUAUGGCUUAUGAUGAGGCUGCUAGGAGAUUAUAUGGACCUGAUGCUUAUCUCAACCUUCCCCAUCUUCAUCCUAACUCUAUUAGUUCUCCAAACAAAUCACACAAGUUCAAAUGGAUACCUUCCAAGAACUUCAUUUCCAUGUUUCCUUCUUGUGGCUUGCUUAACAUAAAUGCUCAGCCUAGUGUUCAUGUUAUUCACCAAAGGCUGCAAGAACUUAAGAAAAUUGGGGUUCUAAGUCAAAACUCUUCUGCUAGUUCGAUCUCUUCCUGCGUGUCAAAUGCUGAGGUUCCGAUUAUAGGUGAUGAAUCCCACGUUGAAGAUCCUUCUUUUAAGGAAAAAGAGGUGGAAAUUUCAUCUGAGAAGAUGCUGGGACAUCAUGAAGAGAAGCAGCAGAUUGAUCUAAAUGAGUUUCUUCAGCAGCUAGGCAUACUGAAAGAUGAUAGUCCAGCAGAAACAACCGAUGGCCCAGGAAGUUCUGCACCACCAGAAACAAAAGACUAUGGUGAACUUGCGGCCUUUGCUGACAAGAGUUUCAAUUGGGAUGCACUGAUCGAAAUGCACGGUAUCACGGAACAUCAAGGAGCAGAAGCCAGUUGCUUCCAAGUUUAUGAUAUUCAAGAGGAGGUUACUCUGCCUACUUCCAUUUGGAACUUCUGAAAGAUAGCUAAAUUUUGAAGUUGGAGCUAGCUGCACUAAUAUCCUAAUAGAAAUACAUUCCCGCAUCACUAAAACCAGGCUAUAGCUUAGUUUGUUCCAGAUCUACUGCAGGUUUGAUAUGACUGUUAUAUUUCUAUCUUAUUAGUACAAGAGAAACAUAGGAAAAACUUAUUUACUUGACCAUUAGGGAGAGAGGGAGAGUUGCUGUAGUAGCUAGUAGUAUAACGUAUGGUGACAAAGAUGAGAAAAAGGGAAGUUCGUUGUUGCAGUUAUAGUAAUGAACUUAUUUUCUGU